AUGCGUGCCAACCUAUUCCUACUGUCAACCCUCAUUUCCCAAGCUUUCGCAGCGAAGAUCAGCGUCGGCCAACAGCAAUCCGGAGGCAAGAACUACCAUAUUGUCUGGUGGGAGGGCGAGACACCUUGUGAUGGGUUAGGUCACUAUCUAGGCAGCGUUGACCAAAGUCUAUGCUCUUUCAACUUCCAGCUUCAGAACCAGGGUUCAAUCUGUGAGAAUUACUCCCUCAAACUUUUGACGAGCUAUGAACUGACUACGAUUGUUGACCACUUUGCUUAUUGCGGUACCGAUGACCUGGCUAUCUAUAGACUUGAUGGGUCUUUGUACGGGAAAUGCUCAUCGAAGGACUAUAACAAGAAACUUACAUGUCAGAACUCUCAUGAUGUUAUUAAGCAUUAUGGGAUGAAAGAAACCCAGGACCGUGACCCUAAGCGAUGGGGAUAUUCCCCUCGGCACCCUGACUUCCUGGUUGGAAUUCAGCUAGAUAGCACUUGA